AGAGCUGCCUGUUCCUGCUCCGAGUAGGUGGUGCUGUGCAGGGAGAAGCUGCUUUCAGCGCCUUCAACUCCGCUUCAGCUCAGGACUCAGCUUUUGCUCUGAGGUAGCUCGAGUCUCCCUCGCCGCCCUCGGUAUCUCGCUGCCUUACGGCUUGGCGGGUAUUUUUCCUAGGAAAGCCUGAAGCGCUGGAUUCAAGGGAACUUGACAAACUGUGGACGGUCGGCCUUUCUCUUUGACGAGAUGGACAAGAUGCACCCGGGCCUGAUCGACGUGAUCAUACCGUUCCUGGGACCCUCGUGGGUUGUGUACGGGACCAACUACCGCAAAGCGAUCUUCAUCUUCGUAAGCAACGCAGGAGGGGAACAGAUCAACGACAUGACGCUGGAUCUCUGGCGUGCCCGCAAGGACCGGGAGGAGAUCAGCCUGCGGGACCUGGAGCAGGCCAUCUCCAAAGCCGUGUUUGAAAACCCUCAGAGUGGAUUCUGGAAAUCUGGGAUCAUUAAUGAACAUCUCAUUGAUUUUGUUGUGCCCUUCCUCCCAUUGAAGCACCACCACGUAAAGCAGUGCGUCGUCGGCGAACUUAUCCAGCAAGGCCUCGAAGUGCGUCCGGGUGUUGUCCAGGAGGUGGCUGACAGCAUCCCCUACUUCCCAGAAGAAGAGAAAAUAUUCUCAUCAACAGGCUGCAAAACAGUGGCCUCCCGGAUCAGUUUUUUCUUCUAGUCCCUGGCGAGGGCCUUGCUCAGAUCCAUCGGGGAUGUAUAUGGAGCUGUAAAGCGGCAGAGCCCAGGGCUGGCGCGAUGAGCAGUGGGAGCUGCGUGUUCCCUCUCGGCAGCACAAGCGGUCUCCUGCUGAACUCAUCCCUCCAGCCCCAAGGAGGCCGCUGCAGGAUGCGGGACCAAGUGCAAGUGAUGUGAUUUAAAGCACUUUACUGAUUUACCCUUGGCCAGGUGAGGGUGGAUACAACCAGCCCGGCGCACCACCCAAGACAUCCGUGACAAAGGGAAGAGGCUAAGAGGUCCUGCAGUGUCAGGGAGGUUUCUCACCCUGUCACAGCAGCAC